GCUGGCUGUUGUUUGGACGAGAGAGAGAGAGAGAGAGAGAGAGAGGGGGAGAGAGAGAGAGAAAAUAAAUAAAAAAAUAAAGAAGACUAAUUAAUAAAAGGAGGAUACAAGAGGAGAAAACCCCUUAACCACGGGUAGGAGUUUAUGUAAUAUGUCUUUUAAAAUUAUUGGCCUACUGAAUGGUGUUGAGAGUUAUGUGAAAAUCCGCAUUUUUAGCGAAAUUGUGCCCCCAAAAUAAAAGGCCCUGGUGGUAAAGCUGGAUUGCAGUAAAAUGAGAGCAGGUUGCUGUUUGGCUGGCUGUUAGUUAAAUGCUUAAAUAUGAUUUCAAGAUGGAGAUAGUGUGUUGUUGCCUGUACACAGUUAUAUCAGGCUAUAAAGCAGGACUGAUUGACGGGAGGGGGAGGAGAGAGAGGGUUCUGCUUAAAUCAUAAGGUGCCACAAUCUGCUUCUGGACAGGACAGCGAGGGUGAGAAGUUCGGCGUUUUGUCUGUUUGUCAGCAACACCGUUCGUUUUCGAAUGCUUGCGUUUAUUAAACACGUUUGACAGUCCCUCUCCCUCUCUCUCUCUCUCUCUCUACUUACUAAACGUACAUAUAGCCAGCCUUCAGAAUCUCUUUAACCAUUUAUUCACAUGGAUGAAUAACUUCUGCCAUCUUCAUAGUUUAAAAAUUAAGAAACCGAUAAACUCUGCUCAAAGCAUCUGAAGGUAUGAAGAAAUUCUUCUCCUGAGGGAGUCAUGGCCGAUAAGAGGAAAUUACAAGGUGAAAUAGAUCGGUGUUUGAAGAAGGUUGCAGAAGGGGUAGAACAGUUUGAAGAUAUUUGGCAAAAGCUUUACAACGCAGCAAAUGCAAAUCAGAAGGAAAAGUAUGAAGCUGACCUCAAAAAGGAAAUCAAAAAGCUUCAGAGAUUACGGGACCAGAUUAAAACGUGGGUGGCUUCUAAUGAAAUAAAAGAUAAACGGCAGCUUGUGGAAAACAGAAAAUUAAUAGAAACGCAAAUGGAGCGGUUUAAGAUUGUAGAACGUGAAACAAAGACUAAGGCCUACUCGAAAGAGGGUCUGGGUCUGGCGCAGAAAGUAGACCCUGCACAGAAGGAAAAGGAGGAAGUGGGACAGUGGCUUGCAAAUACAAUAGAUACAUUGAAUAUGCAGGUGGACCAGUUUGAGAGUGAAGUAGAAUCUCUGUCUGUUCAGACCAGGAAGAAGAAAGGAGACAAAGAUAAACAGGACCGGAUUGAGGAGCUGAAGAGGUUUAUUGAGAAGCACAGGUAUCACAUUCGCAUGCUGGAAACGAUAUUACGUAUGCUGGACAAUGACUCUAUCCAGGUGGACUCCAUCCGCAAAAUCAAGGAUGAUGUUGAAUAUUAUGCAGAUUCUUCGCAGGAUCCUGACUUUGAAGAAAAUGAGUUCCUGUAUGAUGACCUUGACCUGGAAGACAUUCCUCAGCCCUUGGUGGCUACAUCGCCUCCUGGCCACUCCCACAUGGAGGAUGAGAUAUUCAACCAGUCUAGCAGUACGCCGACAUCAACGACAUCUAGUUCACCCAUUCCUCCUAGUCCAGCUACCUGUACAACGGAAAAUUCAGAAGAUGAUAAAAAGAGAGGCCGGUCAACAGAUAGUGAGAUAAGCCAGUCUCCUGUAAAAAAUGGCAGCACCAACAGCAUCUCCAGUCUUCCACUUUGUGGAUCAGGAGGUUCAGGGUCUUCUGUUGGGACAGGAGCUGUUGUAACAUCAGGGAGUGGUAGUUUGGGUGGUAUCAUUGCAUCUACGGGCUCCUUAUCUCACAGCUUUUCCACUCCACCACAUCAGAGUUUGAAAACACCUGGCUCAGGCAGCUCUUUAGGCAGCACACCUUCCUCUUUGCUUCUACUGUCCUCCAGCCCAUCAUUAGGGGGCUCUGUUCCAAACAGCACAAAUUCAGGGUCUGUAAGUCUAAUAUCUAGCACUAUUGCCAGCAGUAUUGUGGCAGCUACUUGUGUGGCUUCAGGGGGAAGCAACAGCAAUACCACUACUCCCCCCACUAUUAGUCAGCCAGGUAUCAUUGGUAGUAACUCUAGCAACAGCAGCUCCUCUAGUCUAGGGCUAGGUUUAGGACUAGGCUUAGGAAAAUCUGGGUCUGGUUUGGCACAGCUUUCCAGUUUAGGAACCAUUCCAGGCAUAGGAAGUCUAAGUGGGUUAAAUUCAAUGAGUACACCCUAUGCACAAGCAGCAGCACUUGGAGGCUCCAGUCUUUUAAGCGGAGCUGGGAAUAAUUCAAGCUCAAGUGUUAGCACAGGGCUGAUUGGUUCAGGAAACCAUGGGGCUGUUGGUAGUGGGUCAAGCGGGUCAGUAAGUUCAGGCAACAAUGGAAGUGUAAGCAAUGGAGGAAGCAUUGGAAGUGGGCAGAACAGUGCAAGUGGAAGUGUUGGAGAGCGUGAGAGGGAGAGGGAAAGGAGUGCCAGCAGUAAUAGUACUGGAAGCACAAGUGGAAUUCCUGGCAGACCUCCAAGUGGACAAAAACAAAAUGGCAGCACAAGUUACAGUGCAGUUGUAGCAGACAGCACGCAAGACUCUUCUCUCAGCAGUUCCAGCCAAACGCAGAAUAGCCAACCUAUCUCUCAUAGUACGCCAGCAAAUGCUGUGAAGGAGAGUAGCAGUGGCUCACAGUUAACCAAUUCUGCAAGUUCAAACACCAGUUUACUUGUCCCAAUGCCUAUCAAUCCUCCAAGCUCUCCUAGUCCUAGUUUCAGUGAAUCAAAAACAGCUCAGAGCCUUCUCAAUGGGCCAUUGAAUUAUACUCAGCCAGAGAUUAAGGCUCCUGAGCCUCUCAGUACCUUAAAGUCUAUGGCCGAAAGGGCAGCUCUUGGAUCAGGGCUUGAAGACCAGAUAACAUCACUGCACAUCACAGACAGAGAUCUCUUUCCCAGUUCUACAUCUGCACCCGGGGUCCCUACAGUGCCUACUCAGACACAGCUCUCUGAGGUUAAUAUACCCCCUUCUUUGGGUGUCUGUCCUCUGGGGCCCGUCCCUCUGUCUAAAGAGCAGCUAUAUCAACAGGCAAUGCAGGAAGCUGCCUGGACACACAUGCCACAUCCCUCCGAUUCUGAAAGAAUACGGCAGUACUUGAUGCGGAAUCCUUGUCCGACUCCUCCUUACCACCAUCAGGUGCCCCCACCUCAUUCAGACUCUGUUGAGUUUUACCAGAGACUCUCAACAGAAACACUCUUUUUCAUCUUCUACUAUUUGGAAGGUACGAAAGCUCAGUAUCUUGCUGCAAAGGCUUUGAAGAAACAGUCAUGGCGUUUCCACACAAAGUAUAUGAUGUGGUUCCAAAGACACGAGGAGCCCAAAACCAUCACAGAUGAGUUUGAGCAGGGAACGUAUAUCUACUUUGACUAUGAGAAGUGGGGCCAGCGGAAAAAGGAAGGAUUCACAUUUGAGUAUCGUUACCUGGAGGACCGGGACUUGCAGUGACUGAGCCUAGAG